CACCAUUUCUUGCAACUAAAUUAACAUUAGUAAGAGCAAGAUUGUUUUCUAGAGUUGAGAUUCCAUCUAAAUCAAAUGAGAUGAUAAAACUUUGUGAAAAUUUUAAUCUUGAUUCUACUAUUCAUGAUUCUUUUUUUAAAGAAGCAUUUCAACUUGCCUUAGACAAAUUUGACAAACAUAUUAAUAAUAAUUCUGCAAUUUCAAUUUUUAAUGCAACUAGAUGUUUUGAUCCAUGCUUUAUUCAAUUACAACCACAAUAUUACAACAUAUUACUUUAUAAAGAUAUAGAAGAAUUUAAAAAUCCUACAAAUGAAUUAAUUGCAGAAUAG